AGGCCCCAUCCCCGACGCCGCGGCGUCGCUUUCCUUUCCAAAUACCCGAAUUAAUGGCUGAUAGCCUGAUACUCAAAAUGUCACUAGACAUCAGAAAUAAAGCAGAAGGACGCGCCUCUUUGUUGAUCUUUUUUCGCCGUUGACGUCUCCGUUAAAGUCGCCGGCUUUUGGUUGCACUCAUUCCGCCUUCUCCUGGUGACCCUCUGCCUUCCCGCUCUAUCGCCACGCAUCCUCCCGCUUAGGGCGAAUGGUGAAGCUGUCUCUGGGACUCUUAUCAUUGUUUAAAAAUAUAAAUUUAGGGUUUGGCCAUCCACACAUGCCUAUGACCACAUCAACCGGUACAAUGGAGGAUAAAGAGUUCACGAAGGUGGAACAAGAUAAUAAAAUGGGGUUGGCUGGAGAUCACCGGGAGAUCACUGCUGUGGAAAAGGAUACAAGAAUCAGAAGUGAUGAGACUGGAUCCGAUACAUUUGUGAUGGACAGGAAAUUUAAUCAUCCAUUAAGGGAGGGUGCUCGAGGACCAGAAAAUAUCACUUCUUCAGAAAAUGUUGGACAAAUAGAAUGUAAGUUUUAUUUAUUGCCUGGAGGUUGCAAAUUUGGUAAUGACUGUAGAUCCCUUCACCAUGUACGGCUAAACUUUUUGGGACUGCCAAUUCGCCUGGGUGAGAAAGAGUGUCCAUUUUACAUGCGUACUGGUGGUUGCAAGUUUGCAAGCCAUUGUAGGUUUCAUCACCCAGAUCCUACUGCUGUAAUAGGUGAUUCCUUUCAAGAUCUUAAAAAUGGUGUGCCUUCUCAGCAUCAUGUACUUGCAGAACAAUUGUGUGAGACACCGAUGCCUUCAGAAAACCCUUCCAAUGAACAAACAGACUUUUUAGGCCCGUUUACACCUAACCGGGGAUUCCAAGAAAAUGUGCAUCGGAAAGGAAAUCAGACAACCACGAGUCCAUUACAUUCUCGAGAGAUGAAUAUAAAUGACCAAAGACAAAUAUUAGCUAACAGAGAUACUGCAGAGGAAUACCCUCAAAGGCCCGGUGAACCUGAGUGCCAGUAUUUUAUGAAAACUGGAUACUGUAAGUUCAAAUCAGCAUGCAGAUAUCAUCAUCCAAAAUCAAAUGUCAGUUUCCUUGGCCUGCCGCAAAGAUCUUCUUCUCAGCAAUUGCGUGAGACACCAUUGCCCUCAGAAAACACUUCAAAAGAACAAACAGCCUUUUUAGGCCCGUCAUCAUCUUAUGUUCCAGACCUAUUCACACCUAGCCAUGGACUCAAGACAAACGCACAAUGGAAUGGAAGUCAGUCUGUCACAAAUCUAUUGCAUCCUUCAGAAAUAAAGAUAGUUGACCAGCAGCAAGAAUUUGUUAAAAGGGAUCCUGCAUAUGAAUUCAGUGGUGGAGAGCCACAACAGUAUGAUGCAUACCCUCAAAGGCCUGGCAAGCCUGAGUGUCAGUAUUUUAUGAAAACUGGAUACUGCAAAUUCAAAGCAACAUGCCGAUAUCAUCAUCCGAAAUCAAAUCUUAGUUUCCUGGGCUUGCCACUGAGACCUGCUAGCAACGACUGUAAGCAAGAUGGUCCUGUAGAACAAAUAUGUGAGGUACCAUUGUCUUCAGAAGAUGCUUCAAAUGAUCAGAGAGCUUUUUUAUGUCCGUCAUCAUCGGAUGUUCAAAGUUUGUUUACACCUAUCCAGGGAAUCCAACCAAAUGUACAAUGGAAUGUUGAUCAGGCUGUCACAAGUCUACUGUAUCCCCAAGAAACAAAAAUAAUUAACCAUCAGCAAGAAUUAGCUUCCAAGGAUGCUGCAUAUGAAUUCAGUGGUGGCGAGCCACAACAGCAUGAUGAAUACCCUCAAAGGCCUGGCAAGCCUGAGUGUCAGUUUUUUAUGAAAACUGGACAAUGCAAAUUCAAAUCAGCAUGCCGAUAUCAUCAUCCAAAAUCAAAUCUCAGUUUCCCUAGCUUGCCACUAAGAUCUGCAAGCAACAACUAUGAGCAAAAUGGUUCUUCAGAACAAUUGAGCGAGAUACCAUUGUCUUCAGAAAACGCUUUAAAUGAUCAGAGAACCGUUUUAUCUCCGUCAUCAUCUAAUGUUCAAGGUCUAUUUACACCUGAACAGGGACUCUGGACAACCCAGCAAUGGAAUGGAGAUCAGAUGGCCACAAAUCCAUUGCAUCCUCCAGAAAUAAAAAAAAAUGAAGAAAAGCAUGAAUUAGCUAAUACGGAUACAGCUUAUGAUUUGAAUGGUGGUGUGAAGUCGCAGCAACUUGAUGAAUACCCUCAAAGGCCUAAUGAACCUGAAUGCCGGUAUUUCAUGAAAACUGGACACUGCAAGUUAAAAUCAGCUUGCAGAUAUCAUCAUCCCAAAUCAAAUCGCAGUUUACUGACCCCGCCACUGAAACCCGAUAAGCCUAUAUGUACAUACUAUGGCCGUGGAAUUUGCAAGUUUGGCUCUGCUUGUAGAUACAGUCAUCAUAUGGAACAUACUUGAAUUUAUGCAACAAUAGUUACCAUCUCAGAAAAUGGCUCCAGUUGGUAUACUGAUUCAGCAAUUGGUUGAACAAAAAAUAAUACAUUAGCUUAGGGUUCUUGCCUUGGAAACUGUAUUAAAAGAAAAUGUUUUGCUUUUCUUGCUCUUCUUUGGGUGGUUGUGCACUUUCAUAGUACGUGGCUGAUGCCUUAAGCGGUGGAACAAAAGAGUACUCUUCAGAUUUUUAAAGAGUGCCCCUUCUAAGGCUUCAUUUGUAAUAAUUUUAUAUAACUAUUUUUUUAUGCCUUCAAAAAAAAUUUGAAAAAAAUCCAAACAAACCUAAUCUUUUAUAAGCAA